UGUAACUGCUAAUUUUGUAAGCUCAUUUUUAUUCACAUGUGGUUCUAUUGUUCCAGUAUCAGUCGGCUGCUGUGUAUGGUUCCGCCGAGUUCCGACAAAUCCUGUUGAGGCUGAAGUUUCGCCGUAUUCUUCGCCGCAAGUUGCACUUCAACGCCAGCAGAACUCGGAGGGCACACGGCUCAUGCUGUGUGUUAGAAAUUUCUCUAUCUUGAAGGCAGUGCUCUGCGUCGUUGAUUCCACAUAUCACUAUCUCCGACUGAUCAGUUUCGCAAGUGCGACGGUAUUUUUCUGCAAUUCUUUUUCAGUUGCAGUAAUAGCCAUCAGCCGGUUUGGAUUCUUACGGCAAUUUCUGUCGACAUCCGUUUUAGUUUAGGUCUUUUUGCUAGUUGCGUUUUGCGUAGCACCUUCAUCUUCUUUGAACGAAUCACGUUCUUGUGGAAUUUGUUGACAGUUUCAUCGAUCUCAGUGACGGCCAGGUCAAGGACGUUCAUUCACGGCUUUUAGUCAACCAUCUGGGUUUUUCUAGACUUCAGGACCAUUAGGUUUGCUGCUGCGAAUGGCGUAGUCCAGCCAGAUAUUGCUCCUCGGUUUGUUCCAGAAUCGCAGCCUACAUCUUUCUGCAGCAGGUCAGGAAUAUUUGAGCUUUGCAUACCCCCGAAGUACGUGUGGAUUCGGGAUUUGUGGCCAAGGUGAAGAAAACUGGUGAAGAUGCCUUACGGCGAGUUGGACGUCUAUGUGGAGGGUGCUUUGGGAAUCAAAGACUCCUCCGUGUUUGGGAGAGGAACUCCGUAUUGCACCCUUGCGAUGGGCAACCAGACAUUUAGCAGCCCUCCUGUUCCAGCGGGUGGAACUCAUCCAUUCUUCAACACAAAAUUCCAGUUUCAAGUUGACAGUGGAAUGGAAGAGCUUUAUGUUACUGUCUUCGGCAAGAACUCGUUGACCGAUGACAGCCUUCUCGGUAGCUGCAGAAUUGUCUUCCCAGAUGUCUUCCGAACCACUCGCGAGUUACCUGUUCAACCAUAUGCUCUAACGCGUCCUUCGGGAAAUCCCGGUGGUGAAAUCCGACUCUCCCUCACCUUCACAGCUCUACCGAGACCACAACCUAAUCUGCAACCCAGACCUCGAGCGCCACAUGGGCCACAUCCUCGCCCAGAAUAUCGCCCCGAUCCUCCACCAUGGGAUCACCCUCCGCAAAUUAGACCUGCAGGCCCUGUUAGACCACGCCCACCCCCACCCCCGCCAGCGGCAAGCUACUUUGAACCAGAGCCGGGCUCACCUUACGGCUUUGUCCAUGGUUCUGAUACACGUUCACCUCGAAGUGACUAUGGACCGCAACCAUUUGAUCAACCACGACUGCAGUACCAACAGCACCUGUUUCCUGCUCCUCCUCCAUUAAACGAAGAGGCAGUGUCUACCUCUGAGAGCUCUGAGAGCGAAUCAGAAGACAAUUCGCGUCCUGCUCCCGUCCAUGUACCUCCGCAGCAACAAUACCAGUCCCCGGGACCUCCGCCGGCUGAAUACGGCGGUCCCGUCUAUGGACCACCGCCUGCUCGUGGGCGCGGCUUGCGCCCUAGAGGACGCGCGGGACCUGUACGACGUGUAGGUCGUGGUGCUGUGAAUGCAUGGAUGGAGCAUGGUGGGGAAGAUAGCGACGGAUCCAGUCGGGGAGGAUCCAGUCGGAGAGGAGGUGGCGACGACGGGAGUGUUGACGGCUCCACCGGCUUUGUCGAUACGGCGAGUCAGAGAACGCUCAAGGAUGGGUACAGUUACGACGAUGGAGGCGCCAGUGUUGAGUACAAUUCGAAUUAUGAAAAGGAAUAUGAUGAUGGACAUGGCUACACGGAUGGCCCAGGUGGUGCUUCUGGAUCUGAAUUCAUACCUAUGACAAACGUAAUUCAGCCUCCACCUCCAGGGCGGGGUCGUGCAGGACGAGCGGGACCUCCAGGAACUGGACGAGCGGGACCUCCAGGAACUGGACGAGCGGGACCUCCAGGAACUGGACGAGCGGGACCUCCAGGAACUGGACGAGCGGGACCUCCAGGAACUGGACGAGCGGGACCUCCAGGAACUGGACGAGCGGGGCCUCCAGGAACUGGACGCGCGGGACCUCCAGGAACUGGACGCGCGGGACCGCCGGGUUCAGUACCGCGAGGGCGUGCGGGACCGCCAGGACCAAUCAUGCGAGGGCGUUCAGGACCGCCUGGAUCAAUAGCACGGGGGCGUGGACCGCCGGGACGCGCCGGUCCUCCAGGCCGAGCUCCGAUGCCAGGGGCACCUCCGCCCAUGUAACGAAGACCGGCAAGGUAUUGGUUGUAGGAAGUAUGAGUAAGUUCGAACUUAUCUAAGUUUGAAACGUAAUCCCUAAUGCAUUGAAGUGUAGGCGAUUGAUCGAUCGAUCGAUCAAGGUGCUCGGAAGAUUGUCGACGACUGAAAUUUGACGAUGACUGCGCCAGUGAUCGACGGAGAGUGGAAACAGUCGGAGCUUUGUACCAGUCCGCAACCCACAUGUGAGGGGAACUUGGAAACGGACACACUCGCUAUUGAACGUGAGGAUAAGUGAGGUGCAUCAUAUUUUCAGGGGAUACAAUGUGGCGUGAUCUUUGGGGAUCGCAUCCUUUGAACAGACACGUGAUUCCUGUCCUUUCAAGACUAGGACAACCAUGUUCCAACCCCACUUGGAUGCCAUCACCGAUGAGGCGCUGCCUUGGUCUGUUUCCACCAAUUAAACACUACUUACUUUGAUUAUUAAUAAACACACUGAAUCUGCAUCGCUGUAGCUAAUAGUGCGGAUCGAAUUCCGUAGGAUCAAUUGCCACAGUUAGAGCUGCAAGGCGCUUUCCAAGUGUAUCAGUGGAUUUUCAUGUCAAAAUAGACAUCCUCUCCUGUAGAGGAUCCCAAUUUUUCUGUAAA